UUGUCCUAUGGAUCAACGAACGCAAAAGGAGAGCGAGAAAGUGGUAAAUGGCGGAAACAUCAUAUCCGCGGUGAGCCGUUGGUACCAAUGGAUGAGUUUGAGAGCCUUUCUGCCCACAUGAAGGCUCUGCAUCAGAAUAUUAAAGAGUUGGAAGGUCUUGCAGGCUAUGCCUCACAUUACACAGCCAGGGUUCCAAAUGAUUACCACCACUUCGUGACCAAAUAUCCGGCAGACAAGUUCUAUCUAGAGUUUCCGGAGAUCUUUAGAAUGUUCAACCUAGAUUUGCUCGAGUCCUCCCUUGUCAGGCUAUGGGCGAUGUACCUAGUCAGAGAGACUAGAGAAAAUAAAGACCUUGCCAAUGUGGGAAUUGCUGAUCCUUAUCACAUGCACUACAACAACCUAAGCUCUGAUGGAGGUAAAGAGCUUAUUCUGAGGGAGUGCAUCUUUCCUGCAUUGCAAAACAACAAGGACAAGAAGUAUAUACUAGUGCCCUACAAUCCAACGGGUCACUGGGUUCUGAUUAUUCUCAUGGUGAGCGAAUGCAAGGCUUUUUACUUGGAUUCACUUAAAAACAAUGCACCGAAAAGGGAUUACGAAGUGUUGUCAAACAUUCUGAAUGAUGCUCUCUUUGAACAUAGUUUUAAAGGUGGAAUUGUAAAAAAAAAGAAUAAAGGUCCUGCACGCUUUAAGCAUUACACAGAGGUUAGUUGCACACAGCAACAAGAUAGCGUGUCCUGUGGCUACUAUCUCUGCUACCAUAUGGAAAUAUUUGUGAGGAGACAUAGGCAUUUAAACAAAGGUGUAGAUAUUCAGUUGUUUGGUACUCAUAUGGAGUCCAAUCCAUUUGACCGGAAGACAGAGUUUACACGCAUCCAAGACAUUUUCGCAAGAAUCAUCAACACAGAGGUUGCCUCGGAAUCUGGGGUUUUCUAUGGCGGUGAUGACUCGCCGGAGGUUCAUGAUUCACGCACAAAGUCUGCUGCAACCCACUUGAACAAGCAUGCAUGAUCACCGGAUGAG